AUGAAUUUGGAACUGCUUCCAACACUUCCAGCAUGUUCACUGCCUAACGAGCGAUCUCCACCUUUUGUCGUUGCGGAUCUGGAACCUGUACCAAUUCGUCGGUCUUCAAGCAUUUACGAUGCAGAAUCUAGCUCCACCGGAGAUGCAGACGGCGAAACGACGAUUUUUCAAGAUAAAACUAUGGUCGAGGGAAACGACGGGGAAGCAGAGGAAUCACUUGCAAAGAUAGGCGUCGAUACAAUUCACUCAAGUUUUCAGCUGUCGGGAGUUCACACCGAGGAAAAAGCAUCAGUCUCCGGCCCUAAUCCCCUUCAAAACUACUUGGCGGAAAAGGACGUCGCCGAAGCAAACCACGACAUCACGAUAGUUGGGGAAGCAGGUGAUAUUGUGGACGCUAGCGGGAAACUGUUGUACCCUGAUGCGAGCACGAGGCCUGUUGGUUCUCGACGUGCUUCCCAUCUUCGUCUAGAUCUCAAGCCCCCAUCUCCUCAUCCAUGGGACCUGGUCGACCCUCCUAAUGACCACAGAAAACCGGGCUACUAUUCACCAUCUGCGUCGCAUAAUUUCCAUGCCAUGCAAAGCACUACGAAUGCACGUCCACUUAUACCCAAAUCAUCCUACUACUUUGGACCACCACCUCCAGAUUCAGCUUACGGUACCGCGCCUAUUGGACAAAUUGGUGUUCACCACCCUCGCGAGAUCAUUAGGGUCGAGAGAGACUACACUGGCGGAGAACUUAUCCAAUUCGCUCCUAUAUACCCCCUUGAGUUGGAAAACCGAGUCACCCCCACGCAAUUCCUCGAGUCUAUUAACUCUAUCAAUGAACUCCUUAUCUCAGCUCACAGCCUCCGACAUUCCUUCCUGGACAACGUCUUAACGGUAUUCAGUUUGCAACUUUCAAAGCUAUUUGUCACAACACAUUACGAAAAGGAAAUGAAGCGAGUACAUGAUCUCAUCGACGAUCUGAACGCUGCGUUGUUUAACCCUGUCGGGCUUAAUAUCCUUUGGCCCGAAAACGUGGCCUUUCUAUUCCUUGAGAUCGAGUACUAUGUCAGUGCCCUUCACGAUGAAACCAAUCUGAAAACUAACAUCUCGUUCCAGUGA